CAGCUAGGCACCAAUCCGGCUCGACUAUAAAACCAUCACAUGCAAGAGCUUCCCUUCUUUCUUCUUCCAACACAAUCAUCCAAACGCUUCUGAGCAAAUCUCUCGAGCUCUACCAAACUUCAACCCGACAGAACCCUCGAUUGGCUUUCGAGAGAGUGAAUACCAGAGUGCAACCUUCAACGUGCGUUAAGGGAAGCUACCUAUUGUAAAAGUCCUGGUCUACCACACCAAAGCAAAUCAGUUUUCUACCAGAGUCAUGGCUUUCUAUUCUGGUCAGCAUAUUUGCGGCCUGUACUACUUGUCUCCUAAUCUUGACGCUUUCGGCAAUGCGAAGAAAAACUAUCUUCCGCAGGUCGUCGGCCUGAAGUCUCACACAUCUAUCCUCUCCAAUGUCUCCAGGACGGUGCUCACUCAGACCUUUAAAAAUCCCUCGAAGGACAAGGCCAUUCGAAAGGUUAGGUACACCUUCCCCCUUUACGACGGUGUCUCCGUCGUUGGAUUCACGUGCCGCGUCGGCACCCGCAUUAUCAAGGGUGUCGUCCAGCAAAAGGAAGAGGCCAAAGCCACAUUCGACAAGGCGGUCGACCGAGGCGAGACUGCCGGCUUGCUGGAGCAACUGCCUGACGCAUCCGAUGUCUUCACCACUACUGUGGGAAACAUUGACCCUGAUGCUACCAUUGUGACCGAGAUCACAUAUCUCGGAGAGCUGAAGCACGACGCAGAGGUUGACGGCAUCCGCUUCACAAUCCCCACAUCUAUCGCACCGCGUUACGGUGACUAUCCAGGUGAGCUUCAGGGUCAUGCCUUGACCUCUCAGGCUCAGGCUGGCUGCGGCAUGUCUAUAACCGUAGACGCCAGCAUGCCCGAUGGUUCCAUGAUCCAAAAGAUGCAGUCUCCUAGCCACCCCAUAUCCAUCUCCAUGGGAACCACGUCUUCUGAGCCCAAUGCAGAGCCUUCCAUGACCAGAGCCUCUGCAACCCUUAGUCUUGGCACGACGGAGUUGAAAAAAGACUUUAUCCUUCAGAUUGUCGCAAAGGAUACUGGUGUGCCAAAGACCCUGCUUGAGGAGCACCCCGCCAUUCCGCACCAGCGCGCUCUAAUGGCUACGCUGGUUCCGAAGUUCACGCUUCCGCCCAUCAAGCCAGAAGUCGUUUUCGUUUGCGAUCGCAGUGGAAGUAUGUCAGACAAGAUUGGCACUGUUGUCAACGCCCUGAAGGUAUUCCUGAAGUCUCUUCCGGUCGGUGUCAAGUUCAACAUCUGUAGCUUCGGAAGCUCUCACUCGUUCUUAUGGGACCGAAGCCAGAGCUACAGCCAAAGCACGCUGGAUGCCGCCAUUGCGCACGUGGAAAGUUUCGGAUCGAACAUGGGAGGUACAGAAAUCUUGGAAGCGCUGGAGGACACCAUCGAGCGGCGAUACAAGGAUAUCGAGCUUGAGGUUAUGCUGCUGACGGAUGGCGAGGUUUGGGACCAAGACUCGCUGUUCAGAUGUUUGAACGAGCACAUUUCGGAGAAGAAAGCCCCUAUCCGAGUCUUCACGCUGGGUGUUGGCGACGACGUGAGCCACUCUCUCAUCGAAGGCAUGGCCCGUGCAGGAAACGGUUUCUCGCAAGCCGUUGCAAACAACGAGAAGCUGGACAGCAAGGUUGUGCGAAUGCUGAAGGGGGCGCUGACCCCGCACAUUACGGACUAUACCUUGGAAGUCAAAUACUCGAACGAUGGACCAGGUGCAGUUGAAGAAGAGGAUUUUGAGAUUGUAGAGAAAGUUGCGGAUAGUCUGCACAUGCAUCUAGACCUCGACCCGCCUGUCGAAGAGCCCAAGGCUGAGGAGGCUCCCAAGAAGCCGAUUUCUCUUUUCGAUCCAACAGCAGACGUCAAUGGCCCUACCAGCAGCACAGACAACGAGGCUACCAACAGCAGCGACAACAAGACUCCCUACGCCCACCUCCCCUCCAUCCCUAUCCCGUCUAUCCUCCAGACCCCGCACAAAAUCCCGCCCCUAUACCCCUUCAUCCGCACAACAGUCUAUCUGCUCCUCUCGCCCAACUCUCGCACAGCCCCCCACACACCCACAUCCGUCAUCCUCCGCGCCACCUCCACCCACGGCCCCCUGGAGCUGGAAAUCCCGGUCCAACCCAUCGGCACCGGCGCGACAUUGCACCAGCUCGCAGGCAAGAAAGCGACGCAAGAGCUCGAAGAGGGCCGCGGCUGGCUGCACGACGCGCGCGACGAGACGGACCACGCGCUGCUGCGCGAGAAGAUGGAGAGCAAGUUCGCGGACAUGGUGGAGCGCGAGGCCGUGCGGCUGGGCACGACGCUGCAGGUUGCGGGCCGCUGGUGCGCGUUUGUUGCUGUAGAGGAGAGGGGCGCGGAUGCUGCUGCGACGGAGCGGAAGCAACAUGCUGCGUACUUGGACGAGGAGGCCAAGGAGGCCGAGGAGGCCGACCCCGAGCCCGAGCCCGUGCUCGGUUACGCCGCCUCACCAACGAUGGUACAGUCGUUUGGCACUAAGCGGAAGGCGAAACGUGUCAGAGGCGUCGGCCGGCCGGCUCCGUUGGGUAGGGGCGGCAUGUGUUACAGAAAGGCACCGAGGAGUUCGGGCUAUAGUGCGACGAGUCCGGAUUAUGCAGCGGCCAGCCCGGGUUAUGGGGCGACCAGUCCAGGAUCUGGAGCGGCCAGCCCUGUUUACGAGCCGACGAGCCCGGUCUAUGAAGCGACCAGUCCUGGAUACAGCCCGACCAGUCCCGUCUACAGCCCGACCAGUCCCGUCUACGAUGACGAUGGCGACGAAGACAUGGGCUUCGCUCUAACGGACAGUCCGCCAGCGGCAGCGCCAGUGGCAGUGGAAGCGUCAGCAUCAAUGGCAGCGGCGCCGAGUCCGCCCGCGCCCGCGCCCGCGUCCCCCGCGCCCACCACCCCAGCCGAGCGGCUCCAAGCCCUCAUCAGCCUACAGCGCUUCGACGGAUCAUGGGGCUGGAGCGGAGAGCUGCUUUCGCUGCUGGGGCUGGGGGACGACGCCGCCGAGGCCGCAAAGGCGGCCGCGGAGAAGAGUAGCGCGGAUGUAGACGCUGUGGCUACGCGGUGCGUGGUGGAGUUUUUGAAGAGGUGGGCGCGGGAUCAGCACGAGACGUGGGAGUUGGUGGUUGGGAAGGCGGAUGGGUGGUUAGAGGGAAGGGGUGCGGGUAGAGGUGAGGAGGAGAGGGAGGAGAGGGAGGCUGUUGCGCGGAUUUUGGGCUUGAGCGGGUUGGGUUUGGGUGGGAGUGGGGAUGUGGUUAUGGAGGAGUAGUGAGUGAGUGGUUUGUGUGGUGGUGAUUGGAAAGAGGUUGGUGAUUGUGGUAUUGGUAGCUGUGAGUAGCGGCUGCUGGUAGUAGUGGUAGUGGUGGUGUAGUGUCCACGAAAUAAAUAAAAAUAUGGUUACGCAUACAUGCUUCUGCUUCCUUCCGUGCACAUGUGGAUUAUCUACUGUGUGUACAACAUGAUAGCACAGAGACAGAAAAGACUACUUAUUCCCUCUUCUUCUUCUUCUUCUUCUUCUUCUUCUUCUUCUUCUUCUUCUUCUUCUUCCUC